AUGUCUUCUGCCGUUGACAAUCUCGCUGAUAACCUGCAAAAGGCCAGCAUCGAUGACCAAAACGUAGCAACUGACGCAGCCACUGCCAGUGCUGCUGAAGGUCGUCGUCUGUACAUUGGGAAUCUUGCCUACGCGACUACCGAGGAGGAACUCAAGCAGUUCUUCUCUGGCUAUGAUGUCGAAUCUACCUCAAUUCCUGUCAACCCACGAACCAACCGUCCUGUCGGCUAUGCUUUCGUUGAUCUAAAGCAAGCUGAUGACGCUCAAAAGGCCAUUGAAAACCUCUCUGGCAAGGAGAUCCUCGAGCGAAAGGUUUCUGUACAACUGGCUCGCAAACCAGAUGCCGAGGCUCCCAAGACUGAAGAUGGUCAAACCGCUCAGCGAAAGCGAUCUUCUGGUCGAGGCCGUGGUGGUCGUGGCCGAGGACGAGGUGGCCGUGCCGCUGGUGGCCGAACCAAAUCUGCCGAUGCUACCGAGACUGCUGAUGCUACUCCUGCUGAAACCGAGGUCCUCCCUUUGACCGACAAGACCAACGAAGCCAACCAGGGUGAAGUUGCUACUGAUGGUAAGACCCGACAGCCACGUCAACCAAAGCAGCGAGGUCCUCCUGAAGACGGCAUUCCUUCGUCUACCAAGGUCAUGGUUGCCAACCUUCCAUAUGACCUGACCGAGGAAAAGCUCAAGGAACUCUUCGCUGAAUUCAACCCUGUCUCUGCUAAGAUUGCCCUUCGACCUAUCCCACGAUUCAUGAUCAAGAAGCUUCAAGCUCGAAAUGAACCACGAAAGGGCCGUGGCUUCGGAUUCGUCAACUUCGAAUCUGAGGCUCAGCAACAGAAGGCCGUUUCCGAGAUGAAUGGCAAGCAGAUCGAAGGCCGGGAGAUCGCAGUCAAGGUUGCCAUCGAUAGCCCAGGCAAAGAGGAUGGUGCUGAGCACGUUGAGGAUGGCACCAAUGGUACCACCGAAGAGGUUGCUGCUGCCUAA